AUGGAAGGGAAAGAUCCUGCAAAGAUCAUAAAAGAUGGAUUAUCUAAAACACUUGUGUUUUACUAUCCAUUAGCUGGUAGGCUCAUUGAAGGGCCUAAUAAGAAGCUUAUGGUAAAUUGUAAUAGUGAAGGAAUUAUGUUUAUUGAAGUUGAUGCUAAUGUAGAGCUUGACAAAUUAGAUUAUGGAUGUACGAAAUUCGAGUUAUUAGUGGCGUUUUUAUGGAAAUAUCGUACCAUUGCUCUUGAUUUGCACCCUGAAGAAAUUGUUCAUUUGACGUAUCCAGUUAACAUGCGUGGAAAGUCACUAAGAAAUGAUCAAUUACCAGCUGGUUAUUAUGGGAAUGCGUUUGUUACUCCAGCUGUUGUAGCAAAAGCAGGAUUGUUAUGUUCAAAUCCACUUACAUAUGCAGUUGAAUUGGUAAAGAAAGUUAAAAAUCAAAUAAAUGAAGAGUAUAUUAGAUCAUUCACAGAUUUAAUUGUGAUUAAAGGGAGACCAGAGUUAACAAAAUCAUGGAAUUUUAUUGUGUCAGAUAAUAGAUAUGUUGGAUUAGAUGAAUUUGAUUUUGGAUGGGGAAAACCCAUUUUUGGAGGGGUUUCAAAAGCUGAAUCUUUUAUUAGUUUUAUUGUGCCUGUUAAAAAUGACAAGGGAGAAAAAGGUAUUUUGAUAGCUUUAAAUUUGCCUCCACUGGCCAUGCAAAAAUUUCAAAAAGUUGUCUACAACUUGACUUUAAAAAAUGUGGAAGGAGUACUCAUAAUUUGA